AUGUACGAGAUUACCGUUCUAAAGAAUUAUUUCAAUGAAGUGGCACUGGGAGGUCAUAAUGAUGCUAUCGUGCUAGUAGAUUGCCAAGACUUGUCAAAAUCAACAAUUUUGCAACCAAUGAUCUACUAUUCUGACACUAUUGUAAUAGCAGACUCGAGGCCCAGGUUGGAUACACGAGAGGGCGUGACGUCACACUGGGCGGACGCCACCCUCGGAGUAAGGGCGACCUUCCGGAGUGACACAAGACCCGCAGUACUGGUUCUCACAAAAUUAAGGCCUGAAGACAGUGGACAGUACAGAUGUCGCGUCGACUUCAUUAAAUCGCCAACCAAAAAUACUAGACUGAAUCUCACUGUGCUAAUACCUCCAGAACGUCUGAUUGUUCUGAACCACGAAGGCAACGAGAUCCGAGGUGGGGUUCUAGGACCUUAUGACGAAGGAACAGAGGUCAAUCUCACCUGCAUCGCUGUGGGAGGUCGUCCCACAGCGAGGGUAUCCUGGUGGAAGGCUCAUGCACUCCUUGCAAAUUCAGAAGCAAGGGCCACCGUCUCAUUUCGGCUCCAGAGAUCUGACUUCGGCACUGAUGUUACUUGUCAGGCCGUCACGGAUCCAUUAAUAGCUCCAGUUUCAGAGAACAUAUCUAUUGAUGUCAACUUGAGACCACUCUGGGUCCGACUUCAAGGUGGCAAGCGGCCUUUGGUGGCUGGCCAGAGCACAGAGCUGGUGUGCCAAGCCGUGGGAGCCAGGCCGAAACCCACUAUCUCCUGGUGGAAGGGAGGAACCAGGUUAAAAACUGUUAGAGAGACGACCUCCACGGAUGGCAACGUCACGAGCAGCAUCCUGACCUUCGUGCCAACAAUAGAAGAUGCUGGUAGAGUGCUGUCCUGCAGAGCAGUGCAGCCCAGUCUACCACAUUCCACCCACGAAGAUGGGUGGAAAAUGGAGAUACAGCAUUUACCGGUAGCCAAACUGGAAUUGGGAGCUAACCUGGACGCCAGCAAAGUUGUGGAAGGUUCAGACGUGUACCUGGACUGCAGAGUACGAGCUAAUCCAUGGCAUAACCAUGUCUACUUCACACAUAAUGGUGUUGUUGUAAAACCAGGUCUUGGAGUCCUACUAGCCAACCAGAGUUUAGUUCUCCAGCGAGUGUCCAGAAAAGCUGCUGGUGCUUACGUGUGUUCAGCUAGAAAUGCAUUAGGGGAAGGGUCUUCUGAAAACCUCAUUUUGGACGUAAAAUUCGUUCCUACGUGCAAGUCCACACAACCAAUAGUGGUGCGGGCAGCUAGAGGAGAGAUCAUUGAGAUAGACUGUGACCUGGACGCUAAUCCUAAGGAGUCAAUGUCGUACCACUGGUGGUUCAACAGUUCCGCCCACAGCAAACACGAGCUCACCACAUCACCGAUGAGUACCGUUCCCAAUCUACCAGGCACCUACGUUUACAUGGUGAAUACAUCAUCGGACUAUGGCUGGGUCCAAUGUUCGGGAACAAACUCCGUGGGGCGACAGACGAAGCCAUGUCUAUUCCAUAUACUACCAGCUGAUAAGCCUUCAACACCGAAAUCGUGUGAGAUCACCAACGUGACAUACGACUCUUUAACUCUGAACUGCACACCAGGCCAUGACGGCGGGAUCCAUCAGUCAUUUUUAUUAGAAAUCUUCGACAUGGCAACAGGGCUGCUACUCCGAAAUGUGAGCAGUGAUGAUCCUGAGUUUGAAGUGGCAGGGUUGUCAGCGAGCAAUUCUUUAGCGGUGUCCGUCAGGGCUUUCAACAAGAAAGGAUUAAGUGAAGCACUAACCCUAACUUCAAAUUUGUUGAAAUAUCCUCAACGGCAUACAGCUCAAGUGCCCGUGAAGGUGGAACUAACAACGGUUCUGAUCAUCGUGCUUGGAGCCGUCGGGGUCAUCGCCACCAUGACAGCUGUACUGGCCAUCAUAUUCUGCUGCAAAUAUUGUAAUAAACGCGAAAGGAAAAAUGAAAAGGACAAAAGGCAACAAGAUGAAACAUCAAAUAUACCACUGACAGGAACCAAGGAAUCUGAAAGCGUUGACAGUUUGGACAAAAAUCCAGACAUCAUUCCUCUAGAUGGCAAAAUCAGUGACAGCUGUUCGAACAAAUCUUCUACGACCGACUACAGUUCGAUCCGACCACUAAUAUCGAAAACUACAGACAAAUUUGAUAUGACAGCGAAUUGUGAUCGAUUCUAUGAUCAUAACAUUGAUCCUUGCAACCAAUACAUCCAAGUACGUCCAAUGGAAUACCGACGUCCAACUUACGCGCCAUCUUUGCAAAUGCCCAACCUUGGCCCAAGCAUACAAAGUUUGGGCCCAAUGAGCAGUUUGCAUAUGCCAAAUGUUGGACCCAAUGAUUGUCAUAGACAGCCUUAUGAUAAGGUCUAUGAAGAUUGGUUGAAGUAUAAGAAUGCUUUGCCUUUGAAUACCAGUGGGUUGCUACCAGCAGAGCAGCUGUUACCACCAGAAUUAUACGCCACGCCGCCCCCACCAUCUCUCUACAGUAACCCCAACAGAAACCCUCUAAACCUGACUCAAAUGCCUGAGUUGGAGCCUAGAUACCACUUAGAACCUCGGUCUCUAGCGAUGGACUCCAGGAGUUGUUCCAACUCACCGCCUGUGAGAUUCAAUCCUGAGAACAACAGCGUCUACUUUAGUAAAGGAGUGCUAGAUAGAACUACUAAUACGCUACCACAUUUGAAGCCAACUAGAAUUAAUGGAAACUCACCAACACAGCUGCAGAGUGACCAAAAACCUGUCACAAAAUCUGCCGAAACUUCCCUAGAACCAGUAAAAAUGUCAAAAGAGUGCGAAUGAGAUAAAAAAUACUAAAAGGAUUUAGAUCCUUUAGAAUAAAUAAAGACAAAGUGACUUUAAGUGUGGACUAGGUAAAAUGGCCUCGUGUUCAGGUCAAUGGCCUAGGGAUUAUUGGCCUGCGUGCUUUGUUAAGGUGUCGAGUGUACUUUUGUGUGAUAAACAUUCGUGAAAAUCGUUUUGGAACUUUGGACCCGUCCGUUGUGAUUUUAUUAUUGAUUUUCUUACU